GAGGUCGGCGCAGAAUUACGCCAGCUCCACAUCGUCGGCUGCCCAGGCGCGAAGAUCCCAAAGCACCCCCAAAGCCCGCGCCACGCGCAGAACUACAUGAACCAUAUCGCCAUCCACUUCGGCUGCGGCAAGCACAGCAUCCACGUCAACAACUCGGCAGGCUGCGCGAUCCUUUUGAACAGCCCCCGCUUCAAGACGCGUCACAUCAAGGACAUCAGCGCCCCACCCCCCGAACUACAAGGCCGCGGAGGCACCGUCGUCAUCGACCAGGGUGCCACCCAGCUGACGAUCGUCACUGCCUGCUCACUUCCGAUGCCAUGGGACAGGAAAAAGGUACCACAAUGGAGGACCACUAUGACGAAGGUGGCCACGUGGGUACGCUUUGAGAUUCUCGCCGCGCCUUCCCGCUACACCCCGAUCUUGAUGAUGGACCUGAACGACCGCUCCACCAAGGGCCCCGAUGGCAACGGAACGGUAGGCGAGAUACCGACAGGCAAGAUCUACCACCACAUGUGCGUGACCACCCACGUGGAAGUUGCCAACACGUACUGCGACACGGGCCCGACGCAUGACCACAAGCCGUUGAUUAUCAAGCUGGAGGUGCCGCCCGUGUGCUACAACAUUGGUAAUAACUACCAGCACCUGGACCGUGGCGCCAUCGCGAUGGGCCUCAAGGAGGGCUUUUUGGAGAGCCUCGAGACCCAGCUCACCGCCCACCACGCCCAGCUCGAGGAGUACCUCGCCGACCCCGACGGCACGCACCGCUGGGGCCUCACCACGCAGUUCUUCCGCCUCGCCACUCUCGAGCACUUCUCGGCCAACGCGCGCCGCCCAGACUGGUAUCGAGAAGCACGCGACCACAAACUACAGCUCUUGCGACAACGCGCGCUCUUGCGACAACGACUUCACGCUGCUAAGGACGCCCACGUUCACGAGACGCAACUACAAGAGCUCGGCGACACGAUCGCAGACAUCAGCAAGAGGCUCCGCCGCCACAUGAAGGACACCAAUCACAAGUACCAGGAGAUGCAGAGUGACGACUUGUGGCAGGUGCAGCCCUCACCUCGCCGCGACACCUACGACUGCGAUGCCUACCAGGUGCAGGGCCUCAGCUGCGACGGGACUUAG